AUGGAUUUUUCUGGAGUAGGAGCAGCCAACACAGAGAUCCAGUCAGUCAACAUAGCCAUAACAAACACAGUUGUUGAUCCUUCAUGGUAUCCUGACUCAGGAGCUACAAGCCAUUGCACAAUGACAGACACCACUCUCACACAGAAACAACAGUAUCAAGGUGCUGAAAAAGUUCAUAUGGGAGAUGGCAUGGGCUUACAGAUCCAAAACACUGAUACUUUUUCAAGGUACACAUGGGUCUUUCUUCUGCAUACUAAAUCUGAAGCUAUUCAGACUUUCAUCACUUUCAAAAAUCAAGUUGAAAAUGAGUUUGAUACCAACAUUAAAGUUGUCCAAUCCGAUUGGGGUGGUGAAUAUCACCCUCUUGAAUCAUAUUGUAUCCAACAUGAUAACUCUUUGUUUGUUCAACACACACAAGGUUUCACAAUUUUUCUCAUUGUGUAUGUUGAUGACAUACUCUUGAUUGGGAGUUCAAAUGCAGCUGUUUUGGGACUUAUUCAGAAAUUAAAUGCAGUAUUUGCCUUGAAGGAUUUGGGUGAAGUUGACUAUUUCUUGGGGAUUCAGGUUCAACACACUACAAAUGGCAUGCACUUGGGUCAAAGGAAGUACAUCAUUGAUUUACUAGCUCAUGCUGAUAUGCAACAUGUUAAUCCUCUGCCAACGCCUAUGGCUGAAGGUGAAAAGAUAACAACUUUUGGGAGUGAUCCUCUACCUGAACCGUACAAAUAUAGGAGCAUUGUUGGAGCCCUUCAAUAUGUUACUAUCACUAGACCAGAGAUUUCAUAUGUCGUAAAUAAAGUAUCUCAGUUUAUGCAUACGCCUAUGAAAUCCCAUUGGAAAAUUGUUAAGAAAAUUCUUCGGUAUCUAAAAGGUAAUCUAGACUUUGGGCUUACUCUCACUAAAGCUUCUACCAUGCGUUUAACAGGUUUUUCAGAUGCUGACUGGGCUUCUGACCCAGAUGAUAGAAGGUCCACCUCUGGAUUUUGCAUUUAUCUUGGUGACAACUUGAUCUAUUGGGCAUCCAGAAAGCAAAAGACAGUUUCUAGAUCUAGCACUGAGGCAGAGUAUAGGAGCUUGACCAAUGCUACUGUAGAAGUGAUUUGGAUUCAAUCUUUGCUCUCUGAACUUAGAGUGCACACACAUGUCUUACCAACUAUUUGGUGUGAUAACCAAAGCACAAUAUUGAUGUUAGCUAAUCUAGUUCUCCAUGCCUGA